UGGGCUUUUUUGGCUCUCUUUUUUCCUCCUUGUGUAGUUAGGAUUCCACUUAGAAUCCACUGUCGUCUCUCCCCCAAAUCUCUCCUUUACCCUAAACAAAAAUCUUCAUUUCAUUUUCCUACAUAAGCCUCAUCUUCUUGGAGUAGUCUCCAGCCCCCACAUCACUUUUCUCCCUCCCCCCCAAUCCCCCACCCCAUGUUCUUUCUUCAUCCAAUGAAAAUGCUAAACACCCAAAAAUUCUAAAAGAGUAAUCUUUUUGUUGUUCUUGAAAGGGUACAUUGAGGGGUUUUUUGCUUUUGAUUUAAUGGCUGAGAAUGGUUAUGAUUGUGUAGCCUCAGACCUUCUAUGUACAGAAACAGAAAGUUUUUGUUCUGAUGAUCUUGAUUCUUUGACUAUAGGUCAACAGAAGAAUGAAAUUAACAUUAAAGGUUUGAUCUUUGGCAAAAAUGGUAGUAGAUCAGAAGGUUUGAUUGAUUUGCCAAAGAUAACUGAAGAAAGCUUUAGUUUUAUGGUGCAAAGGGAAAUUGGUUUUUUGCCUAAAGAUGAUUAUUUGAAGAGAUUGAGAAGUGGGGACUUGGAUUUGAGUGUGAGAAGAGAGGCUGUUGAUUGGAUUUGGCAGGCUUGUAUGCACUAUGGAUAUGGGAAGCUGAGUUUUUGUUUGUCGAUUAAUUACUUGGAUCGGUUUCUGUCUCUAUAUGAAUUGCCUAGAGGUAAAACUUGGGCAGUCCAAUUAUUAGCUGUGGCCUGCCUGUCAAUUGCAGCCAAAAUGGAAGAGAUUCAUGUUCCUUUGAUUGUUGAUUUGCAGGUUGGGAAUCCUAAGUUUGUAUUCGAAGGCAAAACUAUACAAAGAAUGGAACUUUCGGUACUAAGCACAUUGAAGUGGAGAAUGCAAGCUUAUACACCUUGCACAUUCAUAGAUUAUUUUGUAAGAAAGAUGAAUGGUGAUCAAAUCCCAUCAGAGCAUUUGAUCUCAAAAUCAAUGCAAUUGAUCUUAAGCUCCAUAAGAGGCAUUGAUUUCUUGGAAUUCAGGUCUUCUGAAAUUGCAGCAGCAGUGGCAAUAUCUGUUUCAAGGGAAAUGCAAGCAAAAGACAUUGACAAGGCAAUGCCUUGUUUCUUCAUACAUGUACAAAAGGGCAGAGUGUUGAAGUGUCUUGAACUGAUUCAAGAUUUGACAUUGGUUAGUGAGACUAUGACCACUGCUACAACUAUUACUGCUACUGCCUCAGUACCUAAAAGUCCCAAUGGAGUGUUAGAAGCUGCAUGUUUUAGCUACAAAAGUGAUGAGACCACAGUUGGAUCACAUACAAGUCCAGAUAAUAAAAGGAGGAAACAUGACACAUCUCUAGAGGAUGGGACUUGAGAAAAGUAUGAAUCUUGAAGUUCCAUCCCCCCCCCCCCCCCCAACCUUCAAACUCUAUAUCCAAACAAUUUUGGCUAAAUGGGAGAAUGUGUGGCUUAGCAAAAAAAAAGGUCCCUUGAAGACAAAAAAACAAUGAAGGAUUGUCACCAGCUGUUAAUAACAAUUUUGAGAUGUCAACAACAAUAGUAGUAAUAGGAGAUUGUGGAGGGGCAAAGAUGGAAUUUUGAGAAGGGCUAUCUAUUAAAUACUUUUGCUCUUAUUCCUUUUUUGGGUUACUAUUGUAAUUUCAAAUAAAGAACAUAUACAAUGAAAAAAAAAAGUUUUACGGAAUAAAAGAGAAUAAAAGGUAGUUGGUGGCUAA